AUGUCGUCGCAGAUCGCACAGGUCCGACAAACGGAUUCUGAAACGACCCGAGAACAAUGUCAAGCCCAUUUAGGCCUACGACUUUACAUCCCUAACAUUUUUUCAUCUAUUAUGGCUGCUGACCCCGUCGUGAACAUUCAUUAUGAUGGCGUCAAGAGCGAGUGCGCCGCAGCAAUCAAAGACUUAUUUCACCUAGAUGGGUCUGCAGUGGAGUUAUAUAAUAAGGCAGAUUUUGCCUACCUUUGCGCUAUCUGGGUCCCUUACGCGGACAAGGAAGCACUUCGAACACUUACUGAUUGGCAGUAUUGGGCAUUCAUGUUCGAUGACCGUUUUGAUGAAGGUCCUCUUAAAGAUGAUCCAAUUCGGGCUAGGGAGGUGGUCCGACAGACACUUUCCAUAGUCGAAAAUGGCGACACUGCCGUUGGCGAAGAGGACGAGCCGUUGAUGUAUCUCUUCAAAACGAUUUGGCUUAGAUUUAAGAAGGCUAAACAGCAGGCACGUUUUAAACAGUACCAUCAAAUUUGGUUUGAUGGUUUAUUGGAACAAGUGCAGUCUGUCAAGGAAGACACUUGGCUUUCGAAUCCAAUCGAUGAAUACAUGCAACGUCGCAGAAUCACCUUGGGAGGAUUACCAAGUUUCGUUAUGAUCGAAUACCGCUGUGACAUUCAGCUUGAUCAAAAACUCAUUGACCAUGCGUCUAUCCAAGAAUGUAUGCGGAUUUCUAUUGAUCUCAUGAUUCUCUCCAACGAUAUUCUCUCAUUACCAAAGGACUUGGAGCAGGGAGUUGAUAUCGAUCUUAUCGUACUUCUGAAACAACAGCACUUUUCGGAACAGGCUGCUGUCGAUUUACUUGAUCAAAAAAUCAAUGCGUGCUAUCAAGAUUGGCAUCUAGCAUUAUCAAAACUUCCGCCAUAUGGAGAGGCUACUGACAAAGAGCUACUUAAGUAUAUCGACUGUUGCCGGAACAUGGCAUUGGGCAAUGCACAUUGGAGUUUCAAGUCUGAGCGAUACUUCGGAAGGGAAGGAGAAACGGUGCGACAGAAACGGUAUUUUGAUUUACCAUGCGGAGUGAGAGCUUAAAUAUACCACUCUGAUAAUGAGAGCAUGAGAGUGGACCAUGGAUUUAUGGGAGAGUAUUCAUCACAUGCCCCAUCUAUUACCGGGUUUAGGGUUUUCGGUCAGGGUUAGCGGGAAAAAUACUAUCAGAUACUGAGAGGACAG